CCUCAGAUUAGACUAAUAAGAGCUGCUUGCACUCUGUUUCACCCCCUUUUGGGUAGCACCGAGCGUGACGACGGUGGAGGCAGCUUGUUCCAAAGCGUUCAUCGUCCUCCAAUGCCGCAUGACACAGAUCUUGUGCCACAACUGCUCUCAUUCAUUCUUUUGAUAUCCUGUCGAUUGAAAGGUGUCUACUUUGACCAACGAUAGAAACACCACGGCGGGUUAAUCAAGAGAGAGAGAGAGAGAGAGAGAGAAGAGUCGAGUCAAGACACUGCCAAGCGCGAGAGAGAGAGAGAAAGACCAAGUUUUAAAAGAGAAGGGUGGUGGAAUGAAGUUUUCGGUGGGAGACCUCGUGUGGGCCCAACCCGAUGGUAGCAAGGAAGAAGAGCCUGGAUCCGUCGUCCAGUUGGACUGUGCUUACUCAGAUAAUAAUGACGAAGAAGAAGAGCUCAGCGACGGUAUCAUGGUCAAGUUCCAAGUCAGCAAUACCAAAGUGGUGCUACCCCCCAAUGCUGUGCGGCCGUUUGACACUAACGCCGACAAGAGACGCUCGACGAGAAGUCGUUCUCCCAAGUUAUCUCCGGCUGCGGCAGGUGGCAGUCGGUCCAUGGUGACUCCCUCACCACCCACCAUUGCCAUGGAUACUGCUGCUGUAACUACUAAUAAAAAGCGUGCCGCCAGAUCCUCAUCCCGAUCCAACAAAAAGACAAAGACCCAAAAGACUCCAAAGUAUCCCCAGGGGACGACUUUUAUGAAGAGUUUUGGAGAACACGGAAACUUUCAGGCCACGGUGGACAGCUUUGAUGCCGAGACGGGACUCUAUCGAUUGUCUUACGACGAUGGUGAUCAAGAGGAUAUGACAGAGCGACAAAUCACCGUGUGGAUAAACAAAGACAUUCCACAAACUAAGAAGGAGGAAGAAAAGAAGGAAGAGGACGAAGUGGAAGAUAUGGAAGAGGAGAAAAAGGAGGAAGACAUGGAAGAGGAAGAAGAUGUUGGUGUCAAGUCUCCCUAUUUUGACAAAACCAAGGAGGAGCAUGCCACGCCACAGGACUCUUCACCAGCAGCCAGUGAUCAGGAUCAGACCGAGGCAGAAAUGGUCGCUGCGGCUGUCCAGCAAUCCCUAGAUGAAAACGGCAAAGAUAACAACAACAACAAUAAGAAAGACAAGGAUGGAUCGGACAUGGAAGACGAUGAUGUCCCGGUGGCUUCCUUGAAGGAUGCCAAAAAACCAACAGCCGAGACCAAAAAGGUUGCGGCCAAAAAGAAGGCCCCUGCCAAGAAGGCUCCUGCCAAGAAGGCUCCUGCCAAGAAGGCUCCUGCCAAGAAGGCUCCUGCCAAGAAGAACGACGCGAAAUUGGAUGGCGCAAAGAUUGUAUAUCCCGUCCAUAAGAGAAAGAAAACUGCGACGAAAGUCGAAGUGUCACUCGCCCAGAUUGACAAUGAUGGCUAUGAUUCCGCGGAAGACGAUGACUAUGACCCCGCCAAACCCGGUUCGGACGUUGACGACGAAGAUCGACCCUACUUGGCAGACUAUGCUCCGUCGGGGCGGGCCACGUGCCGUCGAUGCGAUGAAACCAUUGCCAAGGGAGAACUGCGUCUCUCGCAUGUUCCUCUCUUUCGUGGCAAACCGGGAUUUCGCUGCUACCGUCAUUUGCACUGCAUGGUCUUCUCCGAAGAUAUUGUGAGGGUCGAACAGAUUGGCGGAUGGCGUGACAUUCGGCGACACAGCCGAGAGGACUUUGAACGGUUGGUGCUCCGCAUUGAGGAAUCCAAGAUUGAGGCGGAGGAAGAAGAAAAGGAACUCCAGCCGGAUGAACUGGUUCAGGUCACCUUUCAGGGUGAAACGAGGGCACCACCCAAGGGAUUGACCGCCAAUCUACUUCCGUUUCAAACCGAGGGAGUCUCGUGGAUGUAUCAUCAAGAAACCAAGAUCCCGGAACUACACGGUGGAAUACUGGCGGAUGAAAUGGGAAUGGGAAAGACCCUGCAGACGAUUACCACCAUGCUGGACAAUUGUCCGAUGCUGCAACAUAGCCUACCAGGUGCCAAGCACCCUCCCACCAUUACUGGGGAAGCAUUGGAAGCACGCAAGGCAGAGUCGGAUCUUUGGGACAAAUCCGUCCAGGAAUGGCACCAUGAAAUGGAAAUGAACAAUGUCCCCAAGAAAAUGUGGCCCAAAAAGUUCAAGGCUGCGAGGGCCGGUACAAUGGUGGUUUGUCCCGUCAUUGCCCUCUUGCAGUGGAAGACGGAACUGGAAAAGUUCACAGAGCCGGACACCUUUUCGAUUGCGAUCUAUCAUGGACCGAACAGAGCCAAGGACUUUCCAAUCCAAAAGCUCUGCAAGUAUGACGUUGUUUUGACCACGUAUCAGGUGCUCGAACAAGACUUCCGAAAGAUGGUCAGCCCCAAUAAAGUGACCUGCCCGAACUGCGGGAGCAAGUUCAAGAUUGACAAGCUUCGAAUCCAUCUCAAGUAUUUUUGUGGUGACGGGGCGCAGCGAACAGAAAAGCAGAUGCGACAGCAACGCACAGCGGAACGUCACAGCAACCGUGGGCGGGGCGCCUCCGGUGGAGGAGGACAGUCCAAAUCGCAAAAGAAAAAGUCCUUCUCCAAGACAAGCAACGAGAAGAAAAAGUCCUUCACCAAAGGCACGGACAAGAAGAAGUCUUUCGCCAAAGUCGAAAGCGACGAUGAUGAGGACAUGCCCGAACCGACGCCAACUGGGGGACGUCGUUCUCGAUCUGCGCCAAAACGAACCAAGGAGGUGGUUGGAGCGAAACAAAAGAAAAAGUUCAAGGGCGGGAAACGUGGGCAGCCCAUUCGUCCAUCAAACGACAACGAGUCAGAAAGCGAAGGCGACGAGGACAUGCCCGAAACAACACCAGCUGCUGGACGUCCGUCUCGAUCUGCAGCGGUGAAUGCGUCGAAGCGAAUGUCGGCUUCCAUGAACGAUUGGACCGCCGCUGACGCGGAGGAAGACGACGAAGAGACCAGUGCACCAGACGACAACAACGACGAUGAGGACGAGGACAAUGCCAUGUCUUACGAUGAAGAAGAUUCGGAAGGUGAAGCGGUCCCUGCCAAAAAGGUACCUGCCAAGAAAAAGGCACCACCAAAGACCAAACCCAGAGCACAACCGAAGAAGAAAGGACAACCGAAGAAGAAGGUCGAGUCGGACAGCGAUGGUUCGGAUGAUUCGAACGAUGAGUCAUCAUCAUCGGAGGAAGAAAGUCUUGCCCUGAUCAGGGCCAGAAAGAAACAGGCAGAGGCCCUCAAACGAGCCAAGAAAGGAAAUCGCGGAAAGGGCAAAGACUCGAAGAAACCACCAAUGACGAAACCGCCUCUCAAGGGAAGCAAGUCGGCCAAAGGCAAGGCAAAGGGCAAGGGCAAAAAGAAGUUUGAUGACGAAUACAGCACAGAAAGCGAUUCAUCAGAAGAGGAGGAAGAGGAGCGCGGCGAUCCUCUUGAAGCAAUCGACCUAGACGCUUUGAUGCAGGAAGCGAUGGAAGGUUCCCUGAUGAGUCUCCUGCACAGUCUUUGUUGGUGGCGAAUCGUUCUCGACGAAGCCCACAUGAUCAAGAGUCGUUCGUCCCAGACUGCGGCAGCAGCCUUCGCACUUGUUGGUAUCAAUCGUUGGGCACUGAGUGGCACACCGUUGCAGAAUAGGGUGGGGGAACUAUACUCGUUGAUUCGGUUCAUCCGGAUCGAUCCAAUGGCUCAUUACUUCUGCCGGUCAAAGGAUUGUGGCUGCAAGAGCAUCCACUAUCGAAUCAAGGACGGCAUGUGUCAAGAUUGUGGGCAUCGCGGGUUCCAGCACUACUCUCAUUUCAACAAGCAUGUCCUGAACCCGAUUCAAAGGGAUGGUUACAGCGGUGACGGUCGACGCGCUAUGUUCAAGCUCAAGAACGAGGUGCUCGACAAGUGCUUGCUUCGUCGUACCAAAGAGACACGGGCUGAGGAUAUGAAUCUGCCGCCUCGAAUUGUGACCAUUCGGACAAUCAAUCUCCAUCCAAUUGAAAAGGACUUCUAUGACGCGCUGUACACGCAGACAAAGAGCGCCUUCAGUGAUUAUGUCGCUCAGGGCACGCUUCUCAACAAUUACGCGCACAUCUUUGAUUUGCUGACUCGUAUGAGGCAAGCCGUCGACCACCCUUACCUCAUUGUGUAUUCCAAGCGCAACUGUGAAAGAGCCUCCAAUAGUGGCGAUUCCAGCCAGCCUCUCGUUGCCAACGGGUCAACCGACUGUGACAUCUGUCAUGAGCUCCCAACUGGUCGCGUUGUCAGCACUUGCUGUGGUGCCGCAUUCUGCAGAAGUUGUGUUCUCGAGUAUGUGUCGACUGCAGUCGGUGGCACAGAUGACGAGACUCCUUGCCCGAGCUGCCGUGCUGGGUUUAGUAUUGACCUGAAUCAGGCGGAUCAAGAUAUCCAAGAAAACGCCGCAGCCACCAGGAGCAAGGAGCCUAGCGGAGGCACAAAGAAAGCCAAGGAAUCCAGCGCGUCAACGACCGAGUUGGGGCCCUCACUGAAAGAUUUGCGGCAUGUCAACACUGGGUCGGUGCUUCGUCGAAUCAACUUGGCCGAGUUUGCCACAUCCACGAAAAUUGAAGCCCUUGUGCAAGAACUUGUUCAGAUGCGAAAGGCCCGGCCGGGCUCCAAAGCUCUUGUAUUCAGCCAAUUUGUCAACAUGCUGGACUUGAUUCGGUGGAGGCUGCACACGGAUCCGUGCUUGGCCGAAAUGGGACUUGGCGUCAGGAUUCUCCAUGGCAGCAUGGAUGUGAAAGCUCGCGAUGCUGCCCUCAGAGACUUUCGCGAAGAUGGCAGUGUACGCGUUCUCUUGAUGUCUCUGAAGUCGGGAGGUGUGGCCCUCAACUUGACUGUUGCCUCUGAAGUUUUCCUCGUUGACAAUUGGUGGAAUCCGGCUGCCGAAAUGCAGGCCAUAGACCGCACCCAUCGCUUGGGGCAGCACCGGUGCAUUAGAGCGGUGCGAUUCAUUGCAGAAGGCACCGUAGAAGAGCGCGUGCUCCAGCUCCAGGAGAAGAAGAGGCUGGUCUUUGAUGGCACCGUGGGACGAGAUGCUGGCUCCUUGAAGAUGUUGACCGCAGAAGACAUGAAAUGUCUUUUUGCUUAA